CUUCCCUCCCUCCCUCAUUCAUUUUCCUUCCUUCCUUCCCUCCCUCCCUCCCUCCCUCAUUCUUUAUUCAUUCAUUUUCCUCCCUCCCCCUUUUCUCCUUCCUUCUCUUUCCCCUCUUUCUUCCUCCCUCCCUCAUUCAUUUAUUCGUUCAUUUUCCUCCCUCCCUUUUCUCCUUCCUUCUUUCUCUUCCUUCAUUCCUUCCUUCCUUCCCUUUCUUUCUUUCUUUCUUUCUUUCCUUCCUUCCUUCCUUCUUUCCUUCCUUCCUCCCCUGGGCUGGGGCUGAUGGGCUCUGGAAUGCAAGCAACGGGGGGUUAGGAGAGGGGUCGCAGGAGACGGAGGAGAAGAGGAGCCACCCAGCUGCAGGAGCUGCGCCCACGGUCCUUCUUCCCUUGCGAGCUUUUUACUCCCGAGUAAGCAGGAAAAGGGGGGGGCGCCUGGCCCCACCCCCCUUUUGCGUGGGGAGCGAUCUCAAAGCGGAGUGGAGGGGGGGCUAAAACACGGUACCACCAGCCUCCCACCCCCACCCCACGCGGACCACAGGUGGACUCUGAAACGCGGCGGGCGCCCGGUUGCAAAUGGCUAGGUUGGAGCUUCAGCUAGACAGGGAAGGGAAACAUGGCUCGUCCUUCCCUUUGGCUCUUCUCCACACUGCUCAUUUCUCUGAUGGCCACCGGUGGUCUCAGUUCGGGGCCAGGGAUGGCCGCCAACGUCCCUGAAAAUGACAACAGUUUCCCAAACCGGGAUUCCUGGAUGCGAGGCGCCCCAUACCGACACAGGCAAGGGCUGGAUAACCAGCAAACAGACCACGACGAGAUGCCGCCUGGAUCUGCGGGCUCCAGAGAAGCCGGCGGUCCCAGCUUGGAGGGGGCAGAAUCGAGGGGGCUGGAUCGGCCGGCCAACCUCCGGCAGAAAAGCGCCUUUGUGGGGUUUGCUUUCCCAUACCCCGAGCAGGAGAACCACAACAAUCCGGUGCCCGAGAGGAUGAAGAAGCAGGGCCAGGCGCAUCGGCGCCAUACGCGAAGGAAGAGGCUGAAACAGCACCGAGGGAAAAGCUCCAAGCUGAGACCCCGGGCCUUGGUGAAGAAGCCGGAUAACCUUGGGGAACAUUUUCGGCCCUUCCAAGGGGAAGGGGCUGCGGCUGGUUCGGCCCCCACCUCUCUCCCCAGCCCCGUGGCCCAGACGUUGAUGGAGGAUCCCCUUUCUGUCCGGGCCCUCUCCUCCCAGCCCCGACUCCGUGAAUGGCAAGAGGGCGACGUUAUGCCCACCCUAGACAUGGCCCUCUUUGACUGGACGGACUACGAAGACCUGCGGCUGGACAUGUGGACUUCUGACAGGAAAAAAGGGCGGACUCACAAGAGCGGCAACGAGACCACGUCGGCCGAAGGGGAGCCCUGUGAUCAUCACUUGGACUGCCUCCCAGGUAGCUGUUGCGAUUUGCGCGAACACCUCUGCAAGCUGCACAACCGGGGGCUAAACAACAAAUGUUACGACGACUGUAUGUGCACCGAAGGUCUCCGUUGUUACGCCAAGUUCCACCGGAACCGCAGGGUUGUCCGACGAAGAGGCCGCUGCGUGGAACCGGAUUCUGCAGAUACCGAUCAGGGGUCUUUCCUUAAUAUCUAGAGAGAGAGAGAGAGAGAGAGAGAGAGAAGGAGAGACUGACUAAUGGGAGGGGGCUCAGAAGUGGGCAUGGUUAAUUUAUAACUUUGGGUGUGGACCGGCCUCAAAGGCACAACUUGAAUCAAAGGAGGGGAACCAAAAAAAAUAUAUACUUUCUGCAAUAAAUUCUUCCCGAGGUUGGAGGUUGACUACUGUAUCUCUUUGCGAGUCAGCGUUCUGGUGGGAUUGCCUUCCCUGGGAGAGACUGGAGGCGGAGAAGGAAGAGCUGAGCGUGGCAGGAUUUGCAAAAAAAAAAAAAAAAAAAAAAGAGGGGGAAAAGGGGGAGGGGAAGACUGGGGUUCAGCCAGGGUCUCAUCCAGAGAUGCAACGGGCCCCCUCUCCUCCUCUGCCAAGUAUUCCUUGAGAAAAUAUGAAAAGCUGUAAAACUAAAGUGUUAUUAAAAGGCGAGCGGAAACGAAAGGAGCCUGCGCAGUCUUGAAAAAUCACCGAGGGCUGACUUUUUUUCCUGCUGUAGUGUUUUAGCUGCGUUAAAACGACAACACCACCAGGUCUAGAAACUCGACUCGCAGCACACGAGUGAAAAGGAGAAAAAAAAACCCGACCCUUUUUGCUGGGUUUGUCUUUUUUUGUACCCCUUCCUUUGGAGAACUCCUGCCUAAGACUGACCCUUG